AUGUCAUCUGGCCCAGGAGACUUAUUCAUGUUGAGAUCCGAUAAAACCCUUUUUACACCACAAACUCGAAAGAAUAUGUUUGGCAUAGACACUAUUACUCUUUCGAGUUCGGGCAGUGGUUCAUCACUUUCCGACUUCUCGACAUCGAAAAUUUUGGCACCCGCUCCCCCGGAUUACUUAGUGCCACCUCCACUGCCACUGCAUGCCCAUGCAGCGGCACAUUUCAAACAAGCACGACGACAAAAUGUACUGCCAUCGGAAAGUAGAACAAUACCAAAAUAUAUUAAUGCAGAGUUGCCGGCAAACCACAACGAUAAACAUCCGGGUUUGAUGACAAGAGUUGCUAGAUGGUUUGGUUAUGCAAAUCAAAAUGCAGCAACGGAUCAGCAAGUAGCACAAGGAACAAAUAAACAGGCCUAUUAUUAUCAGAAACCAUCACAGCAGCAACAAUAUGGUUCGGGGGACAAGGAACCGUGUAAUUUAUGUAAUAAAUAUCCCUGGGUACCAAUGAUGGCAAAUAGUAUACACUACCCGUUAGCGGGCAACCAAUGGGAUGCCACUAAGCAAACACAGCAUCAAGCCAAUGUUCAGCACGGCGACCAAUCUCCGCCCCAAAUACUACACGCCUCCUCCAAUGUCAAACAACGGGCAGUUAAAUUUAAUUUUCCUCUACCUUAUGUACCACCAAAUUCUCCCCAUAAAGGAAAGGAUACUCCAAAUAAUAUACAAUAUUCAACAGGCCCAUUCCUACCCAUACCUAUACCUCCCUUUCUAAGUAAUUCCGCCCUACCUCCUAUAUAUAACGCUCAAAAUUUCCUACCUAACACUACUCCCGCACCCAACACAAUACAACAAUUGCCCUCUACAGAACCGGCACAUUUUGCUGAAAAUAUUGCAGAGCAUUCAGAAAUUCAUUUUGAUACAGCCAUACCCACUCAAAUACCUCCCACUAUUGCUAAUAACGAUGCCAGUUUUGAGAUUGUUAAAAGCCAUCAAUUAGUUGACUAUAUAUCAUCGGUGGAAUAUCCUGCUUCCUAUGUACCCUCUCAUUCGUAUGAUGUCAGUACCCAAAUACCAGUUUUGCCUUUAAAUAACCAGCAAACAGAUCCCAAAAUAAGUACCGGACUUUACCAACAUUCAACUUUGAGUCCGCACUUAAAUCAACAUGCACCAGCCUCUCAGAUUUUAACAGACCCCAGUAGUUUUAUAGCAGACAAUCAACAACAAUCCAACCAGCAAUCAGAUACCUAUGAACAAACCACCCUCUUUAAUCAUCAGCCUCAGUAUUUGGAACAUGUGCAACAUUAUGAAUAUGAUAAUUUUGUGGCAGCCUCUCAUCAAAAUUCCUCGGUUUUUGAGCAGCCAUUACAACAGCAGCAACAACCACAAACACAUUUGGAUACCUGGACUUUGGAGUCAAACGAUUAUGUGUUUGCCACCUCAUCCCCAGAAACAUUUUCUACCACUGAACAACCUACAACAUUGACAACCGAAUUGGAGAGCACCACAGUGCCACAAACACAAGACAAUGAGGUGGAAUUUAUAGCAUCCAUACAAACAAAUGCCCAACACUCCAAUAGUGAAACGACAAAAUUAUGGCAACAAAAACCUAAACAAAGAGAAACUCCCAAACGUUUAUUGGACUCUCCCAUACAGCAUAUUAAUGGAAAUUUGGGAGCACCCAGACCAUUUACCAGGGAUCCUUCAGAUUUGACAUUUAGACUGGGUCCUACCAAUCAUAAAUUGCCCGAAACAAACCAAGCAACCUCCCCUCAUGAAUACUGGAAGCCCCAAACUGCAGCAACAGAAUCUCCCAUAACUACCUCUACCUACAGUUCUAUAGAUGCCAGCGGUCAAUAUGCCGGCAUGUCACCUCCAUCCCUACCUUCAACCUACAACAGUGAUCAGAUUUUAUUACCCUCCUAUCUAACUACCAAAAAUAGACCACGACCAUUUGAAACUACACGGGUCAACAUGGUAACAAAGACACCCUCCACAGCAACCUACUCUACCUGGAGUCAAGGUCAAAAUGUUGAACUACACACACCACAAGAAUCAAUGUUGGUGAGAUCCCAUAUAAAACCGGCAGCAACAACCACUACUACUACCGCCAAGCCACGCACCACCAAAUAUCUAACCAAAAUUUUGGCUUCUAAUCUCAGAGAACUUCUGCAGCGUGAACAUGAACCCGCAAAACUGAAAUUUAAUGCAAAUGAUUUAGAUAUCGACAUCAAUAAGCUACAAAAGAAUAUAGACGAUUGGACGGAACAGGAAUAUACCUCCCUAUCCCAUAGACCUAGUACGCCCACCAUACGUGGACGCUCCAAGCAUAUACCUUCGGAAUAUUUGCCCACAACUACGGCGGCAGUAAAAGCCAGGCAAUCAAAAACCACCAAAGGCUUUACAGACAAUUCGGAGCUGCCUAGCUCUAUAAAUAAUUUAGAACCUUUAUAUGAGAGAGAAAGUACAAAACGCUUCCAAUACACACAAAUAACUGAUAAUCAUUUAAGAGAUUUCUACAAUAAUUUCGAGGCCAUGAAAUCGAAAACACCGGCCAACUACAAAAACACAACGCCAGCUGUAAUGACAACAACUAUGGCAACCACUACUACUAGUACAACAACGACCACCACCACAGAAAAACCUAUAUAUUUAAGACCUAUACAAAUGUUGGAACCUGAAGAACUUUGGAAAAAGGCCAAAGUUUCUAUAUCACCAAAAACACAGGAGAAGGUAUAUGUGGUAACGCCUCAGCCUAGAUUUUUUCCUCAACGCUUUUAUGCGCCCACAGCAGCGCCGCCUACGACCACUACCACGACAACAGAAAAGCCUUUUAGCAGUUUUGGUAGUGGCUUUAAAUCGCCUAGAUUUUUGGUGAGACCAACGCCAGGAAAUGCUCAUAAACUCUCAAAAAUUUCAGAUACCCAGUCGAAAGAUAAUUCCAAGGAAAAUCUAAGUAAUCCAUAUUUUACGCCUGAUUGGUUUGGUUUAAGAGGUCUGUCAGCGUAUGUACCAUCCGAACCGGUGGAAAUUAUAGAUGGAAAUUCUAAAGUUUUAACCAUUGUAACGCCGCCUAGUAAUUUGGAAACAACUACGCGCCAUAAUAUAAUGGAUCUAACCAAAGAUCGUCACACGGCCAACAAGAGAAAAUCAACAAUGGCUCCAUCACCCAGAUAAAAAUAAC